UACUUGGUAACGUUAAACUUGAUAGUUUUACUUCCGGGUCACAGUCCCUGUACUGUGUUAUCAAAGAAGUGGUGACAACAUUUGAUUAAAAAGUGUUAACAGGCGUUUUGAGUCAGGGUACAAAAUUAAGUCAUAAUGUAAACUAUAAGGUAUUGUAAUGUAGAAGAUUACAUUUGUAUGUGUUGUAGUUGGAUAUCAAGUACACUGUGGAGAAGUGAACUUUUAAAUCGUUGGGGCGAUCUUGAGAAUUGAUAUUGCAAAAGACAGAAUGGCACAGGAGGACCGGAGAGGGGAGGAGGAACGUGGACCCGGUGCUGUUCAUCAUAUGUUUGUGUUAAUGGAAGAUGUACUGGAUAAAUUGAAAUUACUAAACUACGAAGAAGAAGUACUUAAGAAGCAUAAUAUGAAAGCAGUGUCAAGGCACUACUUUGCUUUACCUACAAAUCCCGGGGAACAGUUCUAUAUGUUUAGCAUUCUUGCUGCAUGGCUUAUCAACAAGGCUGGACAUCGAUUUGAUCAGCCCCAGGAAUAUGAUGACCCAAAUGCAACAGUAUCAAGCAUCUUAAGUGAGCUCCGGGCCUUUGGUGGUUCUGUAGAUUUCCCACCUUCCAAACUGAAAACAGGCCAUGGAGAACACGUGUGUUACGUUUUGGAUUUUUUAACAGAGGUAGCAUUGAACAAUUCUGGUUUCACAUGGAGCAAGCCUGUGUACCCAACAGAAGAACUAGAAGAAGAAUCUGUCUUAGAAGAUGAUGCUGAACUAACUCUAGAUAAACUCGAGGAAGAACUGGCUGAGGACGUUGCUGAUUAUGAUGAAGACAACUUCAUUGAUCUGGAUGUUCUAAAGGCACAAACAAAUAAAAUGAAUAUUAGUGAGUCUUCAAAACCUGAUGAGAUUCUAGAAUCAACAACAGAUGUGGCAGAGUGGAAUCUAGAAGUGGAACGAGUUUUACCACAGUUAAAAGUAACUAUCCGAACAGACAAUAAGGAUUGGAGGAUCCAUGUGGACCAGAUGCACCAACACAAAGAAGGCAUUGACUCAUCAUUGAAGGAGGCAAAGACUUAUCUUAACAAACUUCAUGAUGAAAUUGGUAGAACUUUGGAAAAAGUUGCAAAUCGAGAAAAGUAUAUCAAUAGUCAGUUGGAGGCACUGAUUCAAGAGUAUCGUGCUGCGCAGGCCCAAUUGAGUGAAGCAAAAGAACGUUAUCAACAGGCAAGUGGAGGAGUAACAGAAAGGACCAGAAUUCUUUCAGAGAUUACAGAAGAAUUAGAGAAAGUAAAACAGGAUAUGGAAGAAAAGGGAAGCAGUAUGACUGAUGGAGCUCCAUUAGUGAAAAUAAAACAGGCACUUACAAAGCUGAAACAAGAAACUGUCCAGAUGGAGAUCAGAACUGGAGUAGUGGAGCAUACACUUUUGCAGGCUAAGCUGAAAGAGAAAUCGAACAUGACAAGAGAUAUGCAUGCAACCAGCAUUCCAGAAUCAUCUGUUGGAGCUUAUUAAUUAAGUUCUUCCGUUAAAAUAUGAGAAAUAUCUUACACUGCGCUUUAAGAUUUACAGUUCUGAAACUCAUUUUGUUGGAAUUGUUACAUGCUUUUAACUUUGUGAGUUCAUUCAUUCCAGUUUCAAUGUAGCAGGUUUUCAUAAGUAAAAGAGUCAUCUAAGCGUACUUCAGGGUUUCCUAAGUUUUAAGAACAUCUCCACCAGUAUACAUUAAGGAAAGUGAAUUAAAUUACUGUGCUGCCACUAUUAGUUUGUUUUAGGUACUGUUAUCUUCACUGAAUAGAACUCAGAAUUACACAUUUUUUUAAUUAAUGUUGCUGAGCUCACAAAAUGUUAGUUAUACCAGUAAGGCAUGUUUGACCCAUGAGGUUCAUAAACACAGUGUGCAGUUCAGUAUGUCACCUCUCAAGUCCCAUGAUUCAUAGGGAUGGAUUGCAGUACUGAUGGCUGGCAUGCAAAGGAAAGCGUCUAUGAAUAGUGCAUUAAUGCACAUAGUCCAUAGUGAUGAUACUGUAUGCAGCUCUGCUGUUGACUGAAUGCUACAUAGUGCUGCAUGGAAAAGCUGCUUAGUAAGAUAUAUUAUACUGAAUUAAUUGGCUGCUCCCUGUUGCACAGUGCUCUGCUUUCAAGCCAUGCAGUGAAUUAAAAAAAAAAUCUUUCAUUUGUUUGGCAUGAUGCUGCAGGUAAGGCCUUUACUAUAAAUUAUAUGGUAAUGGAAGGAUAGUCACCAUGUGGAAGCGAGGAUAUAUGAUUGCAAUAAUUGAUUUGCCUGUACCGCUGGGGAAUGUGAUAGUAGAAGUUUUCUUCAAAAUGCGUAAAUAUUUUAACUUUGUUUUUGUGCUGAUGCUCCUCAGCUGUGUCAGCUGUCCAACAAAAUGUACUAGAAAACAGGAGUCUGUGUGGUCAUAAGCAGUACAUCACCUGCAAGUACACAGCUCUAGUCCCAUAAUUUACCCCAUUAGGAUUAGCCCAUAUGCAGGUUGAUAAGAGUAUUUGUGAGAAUCAUGUGCAGACCUUUGGAGAUGGGGGAUAUUUGCAUAUGUACUCUGUACGUGGAACAUUCAGAAUACACAGUUGGGUAAGAGCUUGACUACUCAGUGGGUUAAGACUGCAUAUAAAGUCUUACCCAACUGUCUGUCAGUCUUUAUCAAUCUUUAUGAACCCAUACCAUCCCUACUGUAUGGGUUGCAGUGUUUGUGAAUCCCACCCUUUGUUCUUUGAAGGGUAGUAUUAUUUUAGAACUCUGUGCAGUAGUAAUGUAUUGACAUCAGAUAUUAGCACAUAAGCUGACAUUCGCAUGUAACAAAAUGGAGUUUCUAAGUAAUAUUGCAGAUUUUACUCUAAGGAAUGGAGUGGUGCCUGUCUGCCUGUCUGAUGUUUCAGCAGUCUUCAUUUUAAGUAGUAUGUGAAACCUGAUUAAAUCUGAAUAAACCAGCGUAGCUAAGGUGAUAACUGAAUAUAAUACUUUUUCAACUCAUUAUCCCAGAAAAUUUGCAAUUUCUGCAAUAUUGCCAAUUUUAAAAAGCAAGCAUCAUUAUUAAAAGAUGAUAAUUUUAGGCUAAAAUUAUUACAGUAGUGUAACUUUGUAAAUAACUGCUCUGAAAUUGUGCAUUUUACAUUCUUAUUUGUAAUAAAAAAGAUUAUUCUUGAUGGUUCA